AUGCGCGACCUGAAGAAGCUUGGUGCCUUGCAACAAGAAAAGCGGCCUUCGGACCGGAAGCCCCAAGGUCCAGCUACCAAGAAGUCGAAGCGUACAGAUACAACUUCCUCUGUGGAUCCCAAGACGCUGCUAUUGCAUGACAAACGGGUUUUGAUAGUUCCGUUCGGACCGGACAUGGGCCGCAAACGAAUCGAAAUUUUGCAGGGCCUGGUCGAAAAACUUGGUGGAAAUGUGGUGGAGUCGCAGUUGAAGUCCAGGGCAGGUGCUGGAUCUGGUGGUGCCGCCGUCGUGAAGUGGAGUGAAGUUAGUUUAAUCGUUGCAAGUGGUCAACUGACGCGAGAGAAGGCGGCGGAGCUCUUGCACGUUGAUAAGUUCCCCCCACCCAAUAUUGAGGUCAACACGCCGGAAUGGUUGGUGUAUUUGCGGCAAGAGAAAAAGUUUCCACCUGUUGGAUCCAUGUUGGCGUGGGCCGAGCAGCAGCACGUGCAAGAAGAAGCAGCAAGACAUGAAAAACAUUGCGAGGAUGUGGCGCAACAGUUGGAGGAGAAGCAAGCUCGAAAAGAUAAAGCCGAUGACAGCGACAGCGACGAAGGUUUGGACUCGGAGAACUCGGGUACUCGACAAAUUGUGCGUGCUCCACCCGCUGAGAUUAACAGUGAAGAGGUUCGCGAGCAACGAGCUGCGUUAAAUGAGAAGAACCGCAAGCUCGUGGAGGAGCGUACACCCAUUUUCUACAAGAAUAAUCCUGGUUUCCACCCCAUUAACGAAUCAGCCGUGCCAGGUUCCAAGAAAGUACAAGGCAAAGGCUUCAUUUGUCAACGCUCGUCAGCGGUUCAGCAAAAUCUCAAUGCUCAUCUGACUGACCCACUGGAGGAGAUGAUGGAAUUCCUUGAUGUCGAACGGGAUAUAUGGCGCCAAUACAUGUAUAAGAAAGUGGUGUCAAGUCUCAAAGCCAUGCGUCACCGCGUUUGCAGUGUAAAGGAUUUCAAGGAUAUGCACUGGGUAAAGGGGCGUUUGCGUGAUAAAGUCAUCGAAAUCCUCGAGACCGGUCGUCUAGCCAAGCUCGAUGCCAAGAAGAGCAAUCCGAGAUUGCGUGCCUUGGUUGAAAUUGCUCGAAUCUGGGGUGUUGGCCCUGUGACUGCAGCGAAACUCUAUGGCCAAGGGUACAAGUCAGUUGCAGAUUUACGAAAGCCUGAAGCUGCCGCAGUGCUGACAGCUCAACAACAAAUUGGAGUAAAGCACUAUGAAGAUUUUCUGACCAAGAUUCCUAGAGCUGAAGUACAGCAAAUUGAGCAAAGCGUCGUGGAUGAAGUUCACAAGAUGAUACCGAACGCCAUCGCUCUGGCAUGCGGCUCGUAUCGUCGUGGCAAACUCUCCUCUGGUGACUGCGACGUGCUUGUUACGAACCCAGACGCUGACACUUGCGAUAUCUUGCCGGAACUACUUAAGCGUCUGCAUGCUUCUGGUUUUCUUACAGACGAUCUGACACACUUUCUGAAGCAAAAGACUGGUGGUUGUGAUACUUACAUGGGCGUAUGCCGCGUCUCUGAGGAUCUCCCGUAUCGCCGCUUGGACAUCAAGAUCUAUCCUCGACACUUUUUUGGCUUUGCAAUGCUGUAUUUCACGGGCAGUGACCACUUCAACCGAAGCAUGCGACUAUUUGCCAACAAAAAUGGCUGGAGUCUCUCUGACCGUGCGCUCACUCGCGUGAUGCGAGUGAACGGAACCAAAGUGCGACUUGGUGACAGUGUCAUCUGCGAGUCUGAGGUGGACGUGUUCAUCGCGCUCGGACUCGAAUACAAAGACCCCACUGAACGCAACUGUUUCGACAUCAAGUUCAUCGAGGAAGAUGAGGCAAAAACCAAGCGCAACUCCAGCACAAAUGUGGAUAAAGCUGGUAGCGAGUAACUUUGGCACAUAGUGUAAGUUCAACUGCUAGAGAAAACGCCGUGCAAACCUGGCGGUUUCUAAACAAAUCGCCGUGCAAAAUGCACGGUGAAUUCCCAACAUGCGAAAAUAACUGGUAUACAAAAGUCUAGUAUAAGCGUUGACAUGCCAAGAUGUACUAGAAAUCGAC